AUGAACAUCUCCCAACCCAUAUCCUCCGAGGUCGAGUCGGUCGAAUUUACUUUCCUUUCUCCUGCCGAAAUUGAAGCUGUCUCCGUCAAACGCAUCGAGAAUGAAAGCACCUUUGAUAGCAUGCUCAAUCCUGUCCCGGGCGGGCUUUACGACCCUGCUCUGGGCUCAUGGGGCGACUCACCAUGUACAACUUGUAACCUGAACCACUUAUACUGCCCCGGCCACCCGGGCCACAUCAAACUGCCAGUUCCAGUCUAUCACCCCAUCUUUCUCGACCAAGCCUAUCACCUUCUUCGAGCUACUUGUUUAUAUUGCAAGGGCUUUCGUCUGUCUGCCAAGGACCUGCAUAAGUACAUGUGCAAGCUCCGACUUUUGCAACACGGCCUAGUCCACGAAGCGCAUAUCGUUGGUGCAAUCGGCGAAACCGACUUCUCCGGUGCUCUUGAAGCCUCCGUAUCCCUCGAACUUGACGGUAGUGAAGCCGAAGACGACACCAGCUCCAUCGACAAUGUCACACGGAAAAGGGAAAAGUACGUCCAGCUUUGCCUUCAACGGGGGCGGAAAACGAGACGUGACAUUAAGAAGGGCAAGCACGAAGGAACCGGGCAAAUGCGUCGCGAAGUCAUCAAGGAAUUCCUUGCCGAGCUGACAAAAAGGCGCGAAUGUGUCAGCUGCAACGGCAUCUCUCCAACCUACCGCAAGGACUCUUUUGUGAAAAUCUUUGAAAAGGCGCUUUCUGAUAAAGACACGGCCAAGAUGGCGCAGCGAAAUCUCAAAUUUGGCGAUGCCAUGUCGCGAGUGUAUCAGAAGACCAUGACCAAGAAAGACCAGCAAAAUGAAACCACCCAUGACUCGAGUGAAGACGAAUCUCAGUCGGGCGAGGAUGUCACUAUGCAAGAUGCUGACGAGGAAGAGUCGACGAUACCAAAGGCCAACCGUCCUGCCGUGAAUCAACGAUAUAUUAGCCCCAUGGAAGUCCGCGCUCGUUUGGUUGAGCUCUUCGACAAGGAGCAAGACCUCGUGUCGCUUCUCUACAACGCCACGCCAGCUACCAAGAGGACUGCGAAGACGACCCCCCAUAUGUUCUUCGUCACGGUCCUUCUUGUCCCUCCGAAUCGAUUUCGCCCCGAGGCCCGUACUGGCGACUCACAAAUAUCGGAAGCCUCGCAAAACAAUCUUUAUAAAAACAUUUUGCGCAGCAAUGGCAAGAUUGCGAAACUGCACGACAAUGUUAAAAAUGGCAGUUCGGACAUAACAGCAUUGCAUCUUGCAUGGGUAGAACUGCAGGAAUCCGUGAACGCGCUCGUCGAUAAAAACAAGAACCCCGUCCAGGGAGCUGCUGCCAAGCGUAACGAGGACGGUAUUAAACAGAAACUCGAGAAAAAAGAGGGUUUGUUCCGAAAGAAUAUGAUGGGAAAGCGAGUCAACUACGCCGCACGAAGUGUCAUCUCACCUGACCCCAAUAUUGACACGAAUGAGAUUGGUGUCCCUCCGGUCUUUGCUCAGAAGUUGACUUAUCCAGAGCCCGUCACGAGUCACAACUUUAGAGACAUGCAACAAGCUGUCAUCAACGGUGUCAGCAAAUGGCCAGGUGCCAUCGCGAUCGAAGACGAGAACGGCCAAAUUGUCAAUCUUCGCAACAAGUCAGUUGACGAUCGCAUCUCGCUCGCAAACCAACUUCUCGCCCCCACAAACGCAAGCACUCCCAAGACGAAGAAUAAAAAGGUACAUCGCCACAUGACAAACGGUGAUGUCGUUCUCAUGAACCGUCAACCAACGCUGCAUAAGCCGUCGAUCAUGGGACAUCGUGUUCGGGUUUUGCCUGGUGAAAAAACAAUUCGAAUGCACUACGCCAACUGCAACACCUACAAUGCCGAUUUCGAUGGUGACGAGAUGAACAUGCAUUUCCCCCAGAACGAGGUUGCGCGCGCAGAGGCUCUUCAGAUUGCUGAUACCGAUCACCAAUAUCUCUCCGGCACCCAAGGAAAGCCCCUCCGAGGUCUCAUUCAGGACCAUCUUUCCGUUUCGAUUGUUCUGUGCAAUCGCGAUACCUUCUUCACCAAGGGCGACUACCAUUCUCUCAUCUAUAGCGCUCUACGACCUGAGAGUGGACACAUUCUUUCAGAACGACUCCAGCUUGUACCACCAGCUAUUAUCAAGCCGGUUCCUAGAUGGACAGGAAAGCAGAUUAUCACCACGAUACUAAAGAACCUCAAACCUGCUACUUGCGGUGGCUUGACGAUGCAUGGGGACACCCAGCUGAAAGCAGAGCAAUGGGGCCCCAACUCUGAAGAAGGUGUUGUGCGUGUGCAGGAUGGCGAACUGAUCACCGGUAUACUCGACAAGUCACAAAUCGGACAAAGUUCCGGCGGUCUUGUUCAUGCUGCCCAUGAAGUUUACGGCUCGGCCAUCGCUAGCAAGUUGUUAAGUUGCUUGGGUCGAUUGCUGACAAGACUGCUAAAUAUGCAAGCUUUCUCUUGUGGUAUGGACGAUCUGCGACUUACAGAAGUCGGCGAGAAGGCUCGCUUGGAAGCCCUGGAGCAGGCUGGUGUGAUGGGUCUCAAAAUUGCCUCCGAGUAUGUUUCCCUACCUGGCAACACGAACCCCACCAACAACCUGCUGCUGGAACGUCUUGAGGAAGUCUUGCGUGAAGACAAGAAGCAAGAAGGCCUCGAUCUGUUGAUGAAUCAAGGAACAAGGCAUAUCACAGACGGAGUCCAAAAAGCUUGCCUUCCCAACGGUCUCGAGAAGCCAUUUCCAAAGAAUCAAAUGCAGGCCAUGACUACCUCUGGUGCCAAGGGUUCUCGCGUCAACGCCUCCCUUAUUUCCUGCAACUUGGGUCAGCAGGUUCUAGAAGGUAGACGUGUGCCGCUAAUGGUCAGUGGAAAGACUCUACCAUGUUUCAAGCCAUUCGAGACACAUAUCAGAUCCGCUGGCUAUAUCCGCAGCCGCUUUCUUACUGGUAUUCGUCCUCAUGAGUACUACUUCCAUCACAUGGCUGGUCGUGAGGGUCUUAUCGAUACAGCUGUCAAAACAUCCCGUUCCGGUUACCUGCAGCGCUGUGUCAUCAAAGGUCUGGAAGGCCUCGUGGUCUCGUAUGAUGCCUCCGUCCGCGAUGCAGAUGGCUCCGUGAUCCAGUUCCUAUACGGUGAGGAUGGCCUGGAUGUCACCAAGCAAAAGUAUCUGAGCAACUUUGACUUCAUUCUCGAAAAUGUUGCUUCACAAGUUGUGCAGUUGAAGUAUGACACCAAAGGAGUUGAGACACUCACUGCCAACCGAGAUGACUUCAUGAAAUAUAUGAAGAAGGCUGUCAAACACGCCAAGUCGAAGGGUUCGGCCUCCAAGGAUCCUCUGAUUGGCCUCUAUAACCCCACUACCAACACCUUCGCCAUGUCAGAGCUCUUCUACGAGGCUAUGUCAACAUACGUCAAGGAGAACAAGAGCGGUCUCAUCCGAGAUAAGAGCAGCCAAAAGAAGACGCAAAAUAGCGUCGCCCUGAGCCGCAAGAACGCUGAGGCCCUCUUCGCUCUGAAGUACCAGCGCUCUCUUGUCGAACCAGGUGAAGCAGUUGGCAUCGUUGCUGGCCAGUCCGUCGGUGAGCCUUCUACGCAGAUGACGCUGAACACUUUCCAUUUGGCUGGUCACGCUGCCACGAACGUGACACAGGGUAUUCCUCGACUCCGAGAAAUUCUCAUGACCGCCUCUGCCAUCAUUGCUACGCCUUCCAUGACCCUUUAUCCCCAAUCCAACAUAUCGCCCGAGCAGGCCGAGAUCUUCACAAAGAAGAUUAGCCGGACGCCGCUGGGGUACAUUGUGGAUAGCAUCACUGUCGAAGAGCAGGUAGGCCGUGGCCAAAUUUACAGUCAGGCCAAAGUCUACAAAAUCAAGCUAAAGUUCUUCCCCUCUGACGAAUACUGUCAAACAUAUGCCAUCACGGUCGCCGAUGUCAUGAACUCGAUUGAGAAGAAGCUGAUGCGUCAAAUCAUCGCUUUGAUGAAGAAGGAGAUCAAAAAGCGCAGUGGCCAGAGCACUGGAGCUACGCCAGAAAUCGGCGUGCGAUCUGGUGUUGUGGAGGUGGCAUCAGCGGAAACAAAUGCGGAGAGUCGGAAUGAUGAUGACAAUGAUGAUGAUGAUGGCGACGAUGGCGAUGCUACUAGUGCCAAGCAACGAGCGAACCGUGGGGAGGAGGUGUCGUACGGUGACAAUGAUGAUGAGGAUAACGCAAUCCAGAAGGCUAUGGGCCAGGACGCGGCGGAUGAGAGCGAGGACGAGCAGAUUAAUGGCGCUUCAAACGGUGCGCCUACAGGAGAUGACAGUGAGGACGAGAGUGACGAGGAAGAAAACCAAGCUGCUACCACGGCGCGAGCAGAGGGAAUCAAGACCAGUUUCAAAGAAGUAAGCGACUUCGAGUGCGAUGAGAAGGACGGAGCAUGGUGCAAUAUUACGAUCGAGUUGGAACCCGAUUCUCCUAAGCUUUUGAUGCUGAACUUGGUCAAGACCGCCAUUUCCAAGUCGAUGAUCCGAGAGAUUCGUGGCGUCGGUACUUGCACGUUUGUCAGCGGGGCGAUUGAGGCAUCAGGCGUCAAUCUGCACGCAAUGCAGACAUUUGCCGAGUACAUCGACCCCGACAAGAUCAAGACAAACGACAUUGCUUCGGUUCUAUCCAUGUACGGUGUCGAGGCGUGCAGGGCAAGCAUUGUGCGGGAACUGGGUAACGUCUUUGGUGGUCACGGUAUUUCGGUGGACAACCGUCACUUGAACCUGAUUGCGGACUACAUGACGAGGAACGGAGCCUUCACAGCCUUUAGCCGUAUGGGUCUGAAGGGCAAUGUUAGUCCGUUUACGAAGAUGAGUUUCGAGACAACGUUGGCGUUCCUCAAGGAUGCAGUGUUGGAUGGUGACUGGGAUGAUUUGACGACGCCGAGUGGGCGGCUGGUGUUGGGCCGGCUGGGCAAGCUGGGAACUGGAUUUACAAAAACGGGAUAUGGAGCCCAAGGCGGCGACGACUCGGGCGGUUUCAUGGCGGAUGGCUCCCAACAAGGCAGCCAGAGUGGCGGCAAGGCUUACCAAGACGAUUCGCUACGACCCGUCACCGUGAGACAAAUCAUCGAGGCCGAGGAGGGAUACUCUGGAGGCGACUUCAAGAUUGACGGCGCUUCCGCUCCCCAAGUCACGUUCGUCGGGCAAAUUCGCAGCGUCAACGCGCAGGCCACCAACAUUACCCUCAAGAUUGACGACGGCACCGGGCAGAUCGAGGUCAAGAAGUGGAUCGACGGCGACAAGCCCGAGGACCCGGAAGCGUACGAGCUGGACUCGUACGUCCGCGUCUGGGGCCGUCUCAAGUCCUUUUCCAAUAAGCGCCAUGUCGGCGCGCACGUUAUCCGGCCGGUCACCGACUUUAACGAGGUCAACUACCACAUGCUCGAGGCCACGUACGUGCACCUCCACUUCACCCGCGGGCCUCUUGGCGGCGGCGGCGGCGGCGCGCAGCAGCAGCAGAAUGGAGGUGCUACCAACGGGGACUCGAUGUUUGUGGACGGCGGCGCGGGCUACGACGGAGGCGCCAGCCAAAACGUCAGCAAGCUGGCGCGAUGCACACCAGGCGCCAAGAAAAUGUUCAACUUUUUGAGCGCAGCGCCGGGCAGCAACGAGGGUGUUGACAUCAACAUUGUCACCAGCUCAACGGGCAUGUCAACGCGCGACGUGCUGACGGCGGCGGACGAGCUCCUUGGUCAGGGCCUGAUUUAUACUACACUAAACGACGAGACGUGGGCGAUUCUGGAGUACUAG